UAUCUGUUGACAAAGAGAUUCUUUAUCAGUUUCUACAACACGGUCCAUCAACAAAAUCAUGGCUUUUAGAUCAACUGUUUGUUUGAAGCAGUUAGCUAAUCAUUUGCGAGGAAGAGCGACGUAUGCGACCUCAACGCCACCGAGACUGAAAUCCUACGCACCGACAGCUGAUCAUUUCGGGCACUCUCAAGACGUGAAGCCGCCGAAGAGAAAGGGCGAUUACGUGGCGAUAUACGUUGCGGUUGGCAUGAUAGCGUUGGCAACCACACUGGGGGUUCACACGGUGGUGCAACAGCUAAAGAACUCGCCGCAGGUGCGAGUUAACAAGAAGAGGAGGGAGAGUUUACCCGAGGUGGAGGAGCCGGAGCGAGUGCUGGAUGAGGCUGACAAGUUCGUGAAGCAGUCGUUUUUCAGGAAAGUUGCGCAUGUUCAGAAGAACGAUGAUGAUUAUGCCAUUGAUGAUCCCACACGGGCUGAUAUGUUCGCCGAUAAACCUAAGUAUCGGGUUGAAUCUCUGAAAUCAGUUGGUGUUGAUCCUAAGCUUCGUGUAUAAGAUGGUUAAUUUUAUGUUGCAAGGUUCCUUUUUCUCCCUAUAGCUCAUGACCUGUGCAAGUAUAGAGUAAACAUAAUAUGGAAUGGACGGUGUGUUAGUCUUGUUUG